AUGAAUUAUUUCUAUUAUCAUUUAAUUAAAAUGGAUAAUGAACAUGACGAUGAUGAAGAAAUUAAUUUAACAAAUGGUUUGCAUGCUUCAUCGAUCGAUUCAUUUGAACAAUAUGAUAUAAUACCAACAACAGCAAGUGAAAGUCUUCGUUUUAUUAGUGGAUAUCAUAAAUGGAUGAAUACAAAUGAUAAAACUACUGUUGAUAAAAUAAAUGAUUAUCAUCAUGGCAAUAAUAAUCAGAUAGAUUUUAUGGUUACAAAUGAUGAUAAUAAUUCAAUUCAACAAAAUACAUUAUCAAUAAAUGAUAUGGAUAUUAUAUUAAAAAAUCAUUCUGAAAGCGAGGAGGAAGAAGAAGAAGAUAAUGAAUAUAGUUUAAGUCAUAUGGAUAUAUCUUUAGAUCAUUUUGAUGUUGAACAUCAAAUUAAUAAUGAUCAAUUACAACAACCAAUUCGUAAUGAAAGUUUCUCCUCAAUAUUAUCAAAUAUUUCUCAAACAGAAAAAAUGAAUCAAAAUUUAGAAACAUUAGAAAUGGAUAUGGAAAAUGGUGAUUGUAAUAGAAAAAGAACAAAUGGAUAUUCACAACAUCGAAAUAAUAAUAAUGAUGAUGAAUCAUAUAAAAGAAAUAAUCAUCAAAUGAAUGGUUCAUCAAAUAAUAAUAAUAAUGGAAAUGGAACAAAUCCAAAUCGAAAUAAUAAUAAUUCAAGACGAUCAGAUGAUGGUAGUGAAGGAAAUGAUGGUGAUGACGAUAACGAUGAUGAUGAUGAUGAUAAUAAUAAUGAUUACGAUGAUAAUGAAAGUGAUGAAAAUAUAGCUCGUCGAUUAGGUUUUUUACCAAUAAAUAAUGAAACUAUACGUAUAAUAAAUCGUUUACGUAAUUUAACAAAUAAACAAACAUUUGAUCGACGAGAUUUUGAAAUACUUCAAACAUUAAUUGAUGAAUUAAUUCAUAUUCAACAUUUAGAAAAUUCUUCUAAACAACAAUUAAAACAAAUAAUUCGUUAUCUUAAAUUAUAUCGUCCAUUACAAACAAAAUCUCGUGCAUUAAUUUUUAUUCAAGAACGUAUACCAAGACGUGCUGUUAAAUAUAAUGUUAUAUCAAUAAAUAAUGAAAAUCAUAAUAAUGUAUUUGACAUAUGGCGUGAACGUGAACGACGUGCACGUUUAGAUUCAAAAGAUAGUUUAGAAGAUGAUGGACAAAGUUCAACUGGACAACAAUUACGUGAUGUUAUUGAAAUAAAUCAUCCAACACCACCAAUUAUACUUUCAACUAAUUCAAAUACAAAUUCAAUUGUAACAAGUAAAGUUAAACAAAUGGCAAGAAAUAUUGAUACACGAACAACAACAUCACGUUCAGAACUUAAUAUACGUACAGGUGAUCGUUUUAGUGAUCAUGCUUAUAUACAAAGAAGUUCAUCACCAUCAUAUCCAGGUCUUGUUUCUGUCGCACUUUAUGAUAUUAAAUCAACAAAUAAAAAUGAUGGUUCAUAUAAUGGAAAUUGUAUUGAAGAUCGUUCACGUACAAAAUCACAUAUUAAUCAAACAAAUUCAUUAUCACCACCAUCAUCAUCUGAACCAAAUCGUGUACGACUUUUAAUUGAUCGUCUUGAAUCAUCAUCAACAUCAUCAUCAUCAAAUAUAAAAACAGGAAAAAAAAUUCCAAUUAAAAAAUCUUUACAUGAUGAACAUUCUGAUGGUUCAACUAGUUUAACAUCAUCACCGCCAGUUAAACGUUUUGCAAGACGAGAUUAUAAUGAAAAAAAUUUAAUCAAUGAAAACAAUCAUAAUAAUGAAGAAAAUUUUGUUUUUAUUCAAGAUGAUACAAAUGAUGAAAUUUUUUUUUCAACAAAUAAUAAUAAGAAUAUGUCAAAUGAAAUUAAAUUUGAAAUUGAUAGAGAAGAUACAGCAAAUGAAGAUCGACGUACUAUUAGUGUAACAAGCAUGGACGAAUAUGUUACUACUCUUCUUCCUCGUACAGAAACAUCUGUUUCAAUGGUUCGUGAUAUUCGUGCUCAUGUUUAUGAAGAUGUUAAUGCUUUAUCACGAACUGAUCUUGAUACUAUACCAAUUAAAGUUGACGUUGAAACAUUGUAUAUAUUAGAAGAAAAAUCUGAUAAAAAAACUUUUCAACAACCAACUGUUAAUAUUCAUAUACCCGAUUAUGAAUAUAAUCGUCCAACAACAACAACAACAACUGAACGACAAGAUUUUUCUGUACAAACAACAAUACCAAUAGCAACAAUAAAACCAUCACAUCGACCAGUUGGUACACAAGUUGAAUCAAUUAUACAACAACAUACAGUUGCAGCUCAAACAACUGAUUCUUUACAUCGACCAUUAAAAGAACGACAACGUUUACCAUCAAGAACACCAAGUCAAGAAGAUGAUACAAAAAAAAUUACAACAACAGUUACAACACAACGAUAUGAAAUAAAACGACGUCAUUCAAGUCAUCAUACAAGUGACGAUGAUGAUAAUGAUGAUGCUGGUGCAGCUGUUAUUUUUAUUGAUGAUGAAUCAAAAUUAUCGAAUUAUGAAGAUAAUUUUGAAUUAAAACGUGAAAAACGUCAUUCACCAAUGGAUGAUCAUUUACCUAAAGUACCUGAACAACGUCCAUCAUUUGGUCAAAUAACAUCACGUAUACGUAUUGAUCAAUUACGUGAUAUAAAUCGUCAUGUUGUUCGUCGUCAUUUACAAGAUAAUGAUUAUAACCAAGAUGAAUAUCAUUCAUCAGAAGUUUAUGAAAUUCAUACACGUGGUGCAUGUAAAUGUAUUGUUGUAUCAUAUGAAGAAAAAACUCAAUAUGGUAUUGAAACACGUUUUGAAAAACAACUUCAACGUAUUGAACGUACAUAUACAAAUGAUGAAUUAAAAAAAAUUGAAUUACAUAUUAUUGUUACAACAUCUGAUAAAAAUUAUCAAUUAGUUAAACGUGAUUAUAAUUUAAUUAAACAACAUAAUAUUAUUGAAAAAGAAAAUAAUUAUGAAAAAUCAAAACAACCAUCUAUAUCAAUACAUUAUUAUACAAAAGAUGGACAACAUAUGAAAACUGAACAUGAUAGAUAUCUUGAACAUUUACCAUUAGUUAUCCGAUGUGAAAUUGAAUAUGAACUUAAUCAUUAUGGUAGUUCUCAAUUAAUAAUAUUAUCUGUAACACAUAAUGAACGUCGUCAAAUGAAUAAAUUUCUUAAAGAAGAAUUAGUUGAUGAAAUUGUAUCACGUUCAGGUGGUCGUUUACCUACAAAUAGUCCUCAAUUAGAAAAAGAAAUAACUCGACAAUUAGCUGAACCAAUAAAUCUUUUACAUCUUGUUGAUUAUUCAUCACGUGAUGAUUACAAUCAAACAAAUUCAACUGAUUUACGUCGUGUAUCACGUAUUGAUGUAACAACAUCAUUACGUAUUGUACAACGUUAUCGUACAAUAAUUCAUCGUUUUUGUCAAUUAUAUCGUACAAAUUUACCUUUAACACAACAAAUUCAACAACAACGUUAUUUAAUAUUAGUUGCACGUGAUGAAUAUUAUUUAUUAGAUUUAUCAUCACCAACAUCAACAAUAACAACAAAUGUAUCAGAUAUUCGACAACGACAACAUGAUAUAUUUAAACGUGAAGUUAGUAAUGUUAUUCAACAACAACAAAAACAACAACAACAUCAACCAUUUGAUUAUGCUAAAUAUCGUCGUGAUAUUGAACAACAACAACGUUUUUUGGAACAACAUCAACGAAAACAAAACGAACAAAAAGAAAAAUAUCAACAAACAUUUAGAGUUCCACCACCACCUGGACAUCCAUCAGAAGCUGAAUUUUAUCUUGGUAGUGAACGUCGUACAUUAAUUGAACGUGAAAUUCAUUCAAUGCGUGAAUCAAUACGUCCACAUGAACAUGCUCCACCACGUUAUAAACAUGAACCAAAACGUCGUUCAUUAUCAAUAAGUUAUUCAGGUGGACAACGUUAUAUACGUGCACGUAUAAUUCAUAUUAAAGAUUUUUAUGAUGAUAUACAACAACGUCAACAACAACAACAACAACCAAAAACAAAAGAACAAGAAUUAUUUGUUCGUAUUGAUGAUUAUAUUAAUGAAUCAGUAGCUAAUUCAUUACGUCGUUCAUAUUCAACAGAUUAUUUACAAGAAGAUGGACCACGUUCAAGAAUUUGUUAUAUACGUAUACCAGGAGAAACAAUUAAAAUUGAAGAAAAAACAACUUAUGAAUAUAAAGGAGUUAUGUAUGCAGAUUUACCUUAUUCAUUAAGAUAUUGGAAUAUACUUUAUAUUCUCGAUCGUGAAGCUCGUCAAGGUCGUCCACUUGGUUCAACACUUCCUCAUACUAUUGUUAAUGAUCCCUACCGUCAAGUAAUACCACCAUUAACACAACAUGAAAUUCGUCAGACUGCUCAACAAAUUCUUUCACCACAAUAUAAUGGAAAAACAUAUACAGAUCAAACAUUACGUUGGUUUUUAUCUCGUGAUAAUCGUACUGAAAUUGAAUCAGCAAAAUAUUUACAAACACUUGAUCAAUAUCGUGCACAACAACAACAACAACAUAAAAAAAGUAAUGUUUCUCUUCAUAGUAAUGAACAACAAGGUACAACAAAUACAUAUUAUACUACUGAAAAACUUAUCCGUUAUGAAAAAAUGCCUGAUCGACUUAUACCAAUAACAACACAUGAUCGAGCACAAUCAAUGCAAAAUGUUCAUCAUCGUUCACCAUCAACUCCUCAUAUACUUAAACCUCCUAAUCUUCCUCAAAAUUAUAUACCACGUUCUCAAUCUCAAUCACAAUCACAUUAUCAAUCUUCAAUAUUUUCUCAUGGUUCUAAUUGUCAAACACCAUCACAACAGCAACAACAACGAAUACAAUUACAUUCUAUGCAUUCACCAUUAUCACGACAUCAAUCAGUACAUGAAUUACAUGCUUCUUCUCCUUUUUCUCAUCCACCUUCACCUUCACCAUCAUUUCAUAGUUUACAUAGUAAUCAACAUCAUUAUAUUAAUCGACGACCAGUAUCAUAUAAUACUCGAUUUCCAUUACCACAACAACAGCAACAACAACAAAAUGCUGUAUUAACAGAAAUAAUAGACAGUCAAACAGGUCGACAUUUUCUAACGACCAGUCAAGAACAAUUACCUACUGAAGUACUUGGUCUUUUAAAUAAAUAUAACUUACAAAAAUUUUAA